UGACUGCGAUAGGGUCCCUUCUUUUCUUUGAGUCCGUCUUUGUGGAGAACGACGACGAAGCCGCUAUUACUUUUUUUUUUCUCCUUACAGAGGCGCAAAAGGAGGAGGGGUGCGUUUUCUAGCAGCAUCCAAAGGGAGGUGGAGAGAAGGGAGGAGUGGGAGCGGAGGCGCUCCGGCUCAGAGCAACAGCACAGCCAGGCGCGCUGCGUUAUUAACCCUCGUCUCUGCAGCGGUCGGAAUUCAACUCUGGGUCAAGAGCUGCUGCGACAAGACUUGCAGCCAAAGGUACUGGCUCUCCAGCCCAGCAGAGGAAUGAACUGACAAUUGGUAGGAGAAGACUUGUUUGUUGAGAACGUUCAAGAGGAAACGUUGAAGUCAUGAGGCUGCAGAGGAGCCAGGGACUGGCUGCCAGGCUGACCACCAUCGCCUACAUUUGUGCCUUUCAUACAGCUGCUGCUGACAUCCCACUCGAAGUUUUAGGUCAAGUAAACAUUGAGCAGCUGCCCACUAUCACGGCUCAGUCUCCCAGCUCUCUCAUUGCCUACCCUUUUGAUGAGAGCUUCCCCAUGACGUGUGAAGCCAAAGGAAAUCCCGAGCCAGAAUUCAGAUGGAUGAAGAACGGCCAGGAUUUCGACCCCUUUCUGGACCCCCAUCUGAUGAAAGAGGAGAAUUCUGGGACCUUUGUGAUACCUAAUAAUGAGAACCUUACAGAGUACCAGGGAACCUAUCGCUGUUACGCCUCAAACAAACUGGGGACUGCCAUAUCUAAGGAGAUUGAGUUCAUUGUGCCCAAUGUUCCAAAAUUCCCAAAAGAAAUACUCGAUCCUAUUGAGGUGCAGGAAGGCCAGCCUUUUACUCUGAAAUGUGAGCCACCUACAGGCAUACCUCCUCUGCAGAUCUACUGGAUGACCAUCAAUCUCCAGCACAUUGAACAGGAUGAAAGGGUGUCUAUGGGCUUGAAUGGAGACCUUUACUUCUCUCAUGCGCUGGACAAGGACAGUAGGAGGGACUACUGCUGCUUUGCUGCGUUCCCAAAAAUACGCACCAUCGUCCAGAAGAACGCCAUGUCUGUCAUUGUCAAGCCAAGAAAAAGUGACGGUCCAGAAAGAGAUAAUGAAAUUCCACAGAGACGCCCCUCUUUUCUGACGCCCCCUGGUGCCACAUCAGAGACAGUUCUGGUCAAAGGAGAGGACUUGAGACUGGAGUGUAUUGCAGCAGGAAUUCCAACUCCAGUGGUGGAGUGGGUGAAGGUGGGUGAUCAGCUUCCCUCUCGAGCCAAACAAGAGAACCACGGAAAACUACUGACCAUCCCGGAAGCUGAACAAGAGGAUAGUGGGAAGUACAUGUGUAAAGCACAGAACCCUCUGGGAGUGGCCGUCCAUUACUUCUCAUUAACAGUGGAAGAGCCUCCAGAGUGGCUGCUGGAGCCUGAGAGUCAGCUCAGUAUGAUCGGCUCCGACGUGCUCAUCAAGUGCUCCGCAAGUGGGAUCCCGCAGCCGACCAUCACGUGGAGGGUGAACGGUGUACCGCUGCAGGAGCUGCCAUCAGUCAGCAGGAAGGUAUUUGGUGAUACCGUGGUCUUACAUAACGCCCAAGCUUCCGACAGCGCGGUGUACCAGUGUGAAGCCUCCAACGUACACGGAACCCUGUUGUCCAACGCAAACAUCCAGAUUAUGAAUCUACAGCCUAUGCUUCUGACCAAUGGCGGGGAGGAAUACUCCGCGGUGGAGGGAAAGGGAGUGAUGAUGGACUGCGAGGUUUUCAGCUCUCCUCCGUCCACAAUCACGUGGAGUAAAGAUGAAUCUUCUACAUCUGUUGAAGGAACCAGGUUUACGGUUCAUGACAAUGGCUCUCUGGAGAUCUACAGCGUGGAGAGAGGUGACAUGGGGCAGUACACAUGCUUGGCUAAAAACACAGAGGGCUCGUCUGCCAUCGACGCCACCCUUUAUGUGAAAGAGCCCACUAGAAUCGUGGUGGCCCCAGAACCCCAGCAGACCUUAACGGGAACCACGGCCCGGCUGUCGUGCCUGGCGGAGUACGACGAGUCCUUCACAAGUGACUUUGAGCUCCUGUGGGAAAAAGAUGAUGUCCAGAUAGCCCUCAAUGAUACCGACAAUUCCAGAUACUUUAUCGAAGACGGUGCUCUUCACAUCAUCAAUGUGAGCCACAGAGACCAAGGCAUGUACACGUGCGUGGCGAAGACUCCAGUGGACCGAGACGUGGCCAAAGCCCUGCUCAUGGUGUUAGAUGUCCCCGAUGCUCCUCAGAACGUGGUUGUUUCCGAGCACAAAAGCAGAAGUGUGAAACUGAAGUGGAUCCCUGGGGAUGACCACAAUAGCUCAACGACAGAGUUCAUAAUUGAGUUUGAAGAAAGCAAGCUGGAGCCGGGCAGCUGGAAGGAGCUGCUCCGAGUACCCGGGAACCACAACUCAGCCCUGCUCAAACUCCACGGACACGUCGAUUAUCGCUUCCGUGUGUACGGCGUGAACGCUGUGGGGGCGGGGCCUCCCAGCGAAUCCACAGACAGAUACAAAACCCCCCCAGCAGCCCCAGACAACAACCCUGAAAAUAUCAAAAUCGAAGGUCAUUUGCCACAUGAGAUGAAUAUCAACUGGGAGCCCCUGUCACCCAUUGAGCACAACGGCCCCGGUUUGGAGUAUAAGGUGAGUUACCGACAGCAGGACGUGGAGGACGACUGGAAGGAGCACACCGUGAAGAGACACUCGUUUGUAGUCAGGAACACUCCCACGUUUGUGCCUUAUGAAGUCAAGAUCCAAGCCAGGAACCACCAGGGCUGGGGCCCUGAGCCCAAGAUCGUGACCGGCUACUCGGGAGAGGACUCUUUCUUCUGGAUCUGUCCCCAGGAGGUCAACUCAGUUCCCUCUGCUGCACCUGAUGAUGUAACCGUGGAGGUGAUGAACAGCUCAGUGGUCAAUGUUACCUGGAUACAAGUGCACAAGGACAAGUUGCAUGGGCAUCUGGGAGGCUACAGGAUAAACUGGUGGCGUCUGCGCAGUCUGACGAGCCCAAAGAAAACUCACGGAGAGAAACACACACUGACGUUCCCCGGAGAUCGGAACCAUGCCACGGUACCGGGCCUCGUCCCCUUCUCAGAGUACAGCCUCAUUGUGAUGACCUUCAACGGGCGGGGCAACGGUCCAGGCAGCCAUCCCGUCAACUUCAGAACUCCAGAGGGAGUUCCAGAGGAAAAUCCAGUUUUCAGGGUCACAGAUGUACAGAGAAACUCUGUCUCUCUUGUCUGGGCCCCACCAUUGGAGUAUAAUGGGAUCCUCACCGGGUACCUGCUUGAGUACCAGCUUGUCAACGACACAGAGGACGUGGGACCCCUGCAGACAGUAGACAUCAGAAACCCUGAAACCUCCAAGUGGUUACUUCGUGACCUGGAUCCUAUGAGCAAAUACAAGUUUUACCUGCGUUCCUGCACCAUUGUGGGCUGCGGCCCAGUUGUCAGUGAGGAGUGCACGACCACCCUGGAAACAACUUCCACUUUGGCUUCCACUGUUGGCUUCAGCCAGAGCGCCUCCCCCUCACCUUCGCACACGUCCCAUGUGACCAAACCCGCUCGCUCCACCAUAGCGCUGCUGAAUAUUAGCUCAGCUGUUGGCGACAGCUUUGCAAAUAUCAGCUGGAUAUUUGGAGGAGAGCAUGCAGAGUUUUACAUUGCACAUGUGAAAAAGAGUGGGGGUCACUGGAAGAUAUCAGAGGCCUUAAACACCUCGCAGAGCUUCCAUGUGCUUGGCGGGCUUGAACCAGAGACUGAGUACACUGUGCGCUUCAUUCCCAACAGAUGGGUUGCUAAUUCUAGUAUAUAUGAAGAUGUUAUCACGACCAGGGCUACAGGUCUGGCCAGCAUCCACGGAGGAAUAUCCACCCAGGGCUGGUUUAUCGGCCUGAUGUGUGCCAUCGCUCUUCUCACGCUCGUUGUUUUGAUCGCUUGCUUUGUCAACAGAAAUAAAGGAGGAAAGUAUUCCGUCAAAGAGAAAGAAGACCUGCAUCCAGAUGUGGAGUCCCAGGGCAUGAAUGACGACACGUUCUGUGAAUACAGUGACAAUGAUGAGAAGCCACUGAAGGGCAGCCAACGCUCCCUGAGCAGGGAGAUCAAGGCAGCAGAGAGCGGGGACAGCCUGGUGGACUAUGGAGAUGAGGAUGUUCAGUUCAAUGAAGAUGGCUCUUUUAUUGGCGAGUAUGCAGCGCGAAAGGAGAAGAGGGCGUCAUCUGAGAUGAAAGCCUCUGUUCAGAACCCAGCAUGAAGAGCAGAGCGGCCAUCCAUCCCUGCUCGACACCGGUUCCUUUACACCUGCUAGAAAGAAGAAAUGAAAAAGGGAAACAGACAUUAUUCAUGCUGAGAACAUGUUUUCUGUCAAAUGUAAUGUGUCAUUGCCAAGCGCACACUGCCAUACUCAUUUUAUAAGCUCCUUGUUCUAUUGCAACACAAUGACCGUUACUAAAUACAGUGUAUAUAUCGUGUACAUGUGCUAUGUGUCCUUUUUUAUAAUUAUUAUUCCAACAAAAUGUAGAGAACAUGAUUUUUUGGAUUGUUUCUUUUUUCAUCGUCAAAGCUGCACUAUAGAUUUGUUUUUUUUUUGUUUUUUCCAUUGUUCAAAAAAGGAAAACGUGGCCUGCAAUUGUCAAUCUUUAUUUACAGCAUUGCCUCUGAUGUCACCAUGUCGCAGGUCGCGGACGCGUGGGGAACUGCAGCAAACAUUACUGACCUUUUGUAUAUGAAAUGAAUUCAUUAAAUAUGUUGUAAUAUGUGUAUAAAGGUUUGCUUAUUAACUUAUUUUUUUUCCAGGGGUUUUAUACGUGACAAAAUAACAAGGAGGUGUUAUUCAGUUCCAACUCGUAGUUUAUGACUACUUAAAUCAGCUUUGUUACUUCAAUUGAUCUGAUUAUAUUAGAUCAGUUUUUAUCAGAACAAGUCUGAAUAAAGGAUUUUGCCGACAUCACUGCCACAGGAAAAAUGGAUUACAGGUCACUAUUAGGUUAUUAAAUAAACAAUGCACUGUUUUGAUUAUUAUUAUGUUUUUUUUCCAAGGAAACACUUUCAAUGGAGGUCGUUGAUGUGUUCAUCCGGGUUUUUGGUAUCUUAAGGCACUGCAGGUGCAGCUAGCUGUUUGUCAGUGGUUUCACAUUCUGACAAAUGUUUAAUAAAUACAAGUACCACAACACAACUUGGUUGUUAGUUUACCUCUCUAUAAAGACUAGAACUAUGAAAGCAGUUUAUGCCCUACUGCAGAAAACAAACAAUGCACCCCUGAAAAGACUUUAAGGUAAUGUCUGGAAACCAGACGACUCUCAGAGCCCCGUUUGUGGUUUUUCAUCUCAAAUGCUUUUGUUUGUUGGAUUCUACAAUAUCAAAUGGAGCGGCACAUGUCACUGAGCGGCUGUGUGAAUCCACCCACGGUAUGAAGCCCCACCCCCUGCACCAGUCGCCAACUGCCCUUAGCAGACAAAACAAGGAUGUCGACAGGUGGGUGUGACUCCACCUGCAGAGUGUGUGGCUAGCUGUUUCCCUCAGUAUCCGUUUAAAGAGUGCACGUAGCUGGAGUAUUAUAGGCUAUCAUACCGACACGAGAUACCGCAUGACAAAACAGAAAAUUCCCAGGAUAUAAAACUAGUCCUGUACCACAGGAACAUCACAAUGUUAGAGGGAGUGCACGUGGACAUACGUAUGAACUGUAAAUCAAAAUCAAGGCAGCAGAAACAAGAUAAGAACUACACCUCCCAGAAUGCACCUGCCAGGUUCUGCCCUGCCAGUGUUUGUGUGAUGAGUCUACCUCAUCUGGCUGCUCAGUAAUCUACAACCCCCCACCCCAUUCACGUUGAUUGGAAAUGUUUCUUUAGCCUUACUUUCACUUUAUUUUCAUCUAAAUGCAACUUCUCUGUUUCCAGCAUUAACGUUAGCAACGUGAUUAGAAAAAUUGCAAUGAUUUGUAAAGAUUUAUCCAUUGCAUGCUCUGAAUGUUCAUUGAUGUGUUUUGAUGUCAUUAAAAUUGUUUUACUUUCCUACAUUCUGGUUGUGGUCUUGCCGUAUCUGCAGCACUGUUUCUAUGUGCAGACACACGUGACAUAUGUUUGAGCGAAGAGACUUGUCCUCGCCCUUUUGAUGGAAGUCAUGUGACAUGCCGCCCCCGCUGGAGCGUACCUUAAACAAAUGUUGCACCAGGGUCAAGUCUCUGUCUGAGUCAACCUCCGUUUUUGAUCACGUAGCUGCAAGAGAGUUGAAAAGGAAAAUCAAAGCAGCAGGCA